AUGACUAUCAUCUCCAAGCUCAAAGACAAAGACGAAAGGCAACGCUUAAUCAGCACUCCCCCAAGGAGUCAUCAGCGUGCCAUCAAUCAGUGUUCUGUUUUGUCUCCUGUUCGAAGCCCACAUUUCGCUGUGGCAAACGAAUACGAAGGAUUCGAUCAACCAGUGAAUGCAGAGAAUGAAAGCAAAGAGCGCUUUAUCCGCAUUAUCAAGUACACAGUUUCCUUUUGCUUCAUGGCGUUCUGCCUCAUCUUCAUUACUCGAGGUAUCUUUCGAAGAGAAACUCCAGUUGCCAUGGGGGCAGGUCCCAUUGUUGCAUUCUGUGUGAUGUGGUUCCUCAUUGCAUGGCUGGGUAUGCUAGAAGGGGGACAAGGCUCUUUAGUUGGACUCCAGCCAAUCAAUCGGGAACUAUAUAGGGGAACUCACAAGAGCGCAUAUCAAUGCACUGGACUUGUGUACGAGGGGGACAAUCUGAACAGGUUUAUUGUUGGCCGGCAAUUCUUGGUCGUUCUUGUGGUAUUCUGCCUCAACUUGGUGUGUACUCCUCUGGAAGGCCCUCCUGUUCCUCUAGCAGCCGUUGGCCAUGCACUCGUUCCUCCAAUGGAAGAUGCCUUGGGUCCUCAACGAGGAUUUGGUCCAGGUCAUCGCGAAGAUGGUCCUCUUCCUCCACCACCAGGCGGUCCAGGUCGUCCAGGCCCAGGACCACUUGAAGAUGGUCCUCUUCCUCCACCACCAGGCGGUCCAGGUCGUCCAGGCCCAGGACCACUUGAAGAUGGUCCUCUUCCUCCACCACCAGGCGGUCCAGGUCGUCCAGGCCCAGGACCACUUGAAGAUGGUCCUCUUCCUCCACCACCAGGCGGUCCAGGUCGUCCAGGCCCAGGACCACUUGAAGAUGGUCCUCUUCCUCCACCACCAGGCGGUCCAGGUCGUCCAGGCCCAGGACCACUUGAAGAUGGUCCUCUUCCUCCACCACCAGGCGGCCCAGGUCGUCCAGGCCCAGGACCACUUGAAGAUGGUCCCCUUCCUCCACUAGGACAUGGCAGAAAGCUUCUUAUCGAAGACGACCCAGUUCCUCCUGCUGAAGAUGGUCCAGGUCCUCCACCAGAAAAGGGAUUCAUAGAGAGCUUUCUAGUUUCUGGCUUGCCUGUGAUGUUGAUUACUGUGAUUCUGGGACAACUCGCUGCCGAAGUGAAUGCAACCAAUUGCAUGCUGGACUUCAUCAAUUCGAAGUUGAUGGUGGUUACUACUUGGAUUUGCCUUGCUAUUGAAGCGUCUGGAUUGCUUCACGCUACCUAUUUGGUCAGUGUUCUUUUUACUGCCUUUGACAAGACCGAGGCAUCUUCAUCAGAUGCCCAGCCAACAAAAACGUCAUAUGAGCAAAUCGGAUUCUGGUCUCGCACUGUUCUAUCUACGCUGAUUCUGGCUGGUUGUCUCGCUGUCACGUGGCAAGCUCUUUUGAAUGGACAAACAACCAUGGACCUUUCGGGCUCGGCAGGAAGAAUCUGUGCUUUCUUUGCACUGUCGUGCUUUCUGGGCAUUUUGGAAGCCAUGCAGAUUGCCGUCUUCGCUGUGUCCAAGCUACCGGAAAGUGAACUCGCGCACUAUCCGACUGCAAGUGCAAAUUCGCAGCUGGUAUUCAAAGGAUCGAAUUUCAAAGCUUUUCUUACCGGGCGCCAAAUCUGUGUUACCAUGAGCAUGUUCCUUCUUGCUCGACUCACCACAACUGAAGUGAAGCCCGGGGAGACAGUCAUGGGGAUUAGUGAUGGGCUUCAAUUCUUUUUCAACACUGGUUUGCCAGGCGCUUUGAUCACAACGAUUGUGGCCUCUCUAUUCUGGCGCAUUGUUGCCUCUUCCUACCCCAUUGCUUUUCUUACCAACCCAACUGUCAAGCCUACCAUCCAAACAUGUCUCGCGUUGGAAGCUUCCGGUAUCUUUUCUAUUUCCUGGCUUUUGGCUGACAUUGUCAGGCAUGUGAUGGAUUUCCGAUUAGACGAUUACUAUCUCGCCAGGGCCAAACUGGAAUCAGAUGGGUCUUGGGAGACUUUCAGCUCAGACGAAGAAACUGCUGCUUUGUCGGACCGGGCCUAUUCCCAAGAUGACAUGAUUCUCACUGCUUAUGGAGCAGUGGCAGUUGAUCAAUAA